CACACAUCCAGUACACGUAAUUUUUUUUUGUCAUAUUUUUCUAUUGCUGUCGUAACCUGUUAACUUAUUUUAAUUUCGCCAUUUGCUUUAAAAAGGCGCGAAAUAUUAAUAGUUAGCAGUGUCUUACAAAAAUGCUGUGCAGUUUUGUAUUAUGUUUGAUCUUUCUCGACCAAGGCAGUGGUUUCAAGUUCAGCAUACUGCACAACAAUGAUAUGCAUGCUCGCUAUGAUCCGAUGAAGGGAAGCAGUGAGAAAUGCCCCAAGGGUGAUGAUGAAAAGGGUCUAUGCUUUGGAGGUUUCGCUCGAGUGGGCACGGUUGUUGAAAAAGCUCGUGCUGCGGGUCCGACGCUCUAUCUAAAUGCUGGUGAUACAUAUCAGGGCACGCCUUGGUAUACAUUCUAUAAGGGCGAGUUUGCUGCUGAGAUGAUGAAUAUGCUGAAUCCAGAUGCAAUGUCGCUGGGUAAUCACGAGUUUGAUGACAAUGUCGAUGGACUGUUGCCGUUUCUGAAUCUCGUUAAAUUUCCCAUAGUCUGCUGCAAUUUGGACUUGCGAAAAGUACCCUCAAUGCAAAACAUUAAGAGUCUGACUAAAUCCAUAGUCAUCCGGAAAUUGGAGAAAGCCAUUGGCAUCAUAGGCUAUUUGACGCCCGAAACGAAAAAUCUGGUAACAGCCAACGAUUGGUUUCCAAAGAUAAUUUUUCUUAUGUCAAGUUCGGAAGCGAAAAAACUUGUCGAGCAGGGAGUUAAUAUUAUCAUAGCACUUGGACAUUCAGGCUAUAAUAGGGAUCAGGAAAUCGCCAAGAAAUGUCCUGAAGUCGACCUUGUCAUUGGAGGACAUUCGCACACGUUCCUCUACAGCGGAGCGCCGCCUGCGAAGGAUAUGCCCGAGGGCAACUAUCCGACUAUUGUGAUCAACUCAGAUGGUCGAAAAGUGCCAGUCUUGCAAGCUUAUGCAUACUCCAAAUACUUGGGUGAGAUUCAUCUGGAGUUCGACAACGGAGGCAACCUUAUCAACUUUAAGGGCAAACCAAUGUUGUUGGACUCAUCGGUGCUCCUCGAUAGCAGUAUCAAGGCUGUAUUGGACGCAAAGAGGAAAAAAAUAGAUGAGCUUGAUGAACAGAUCGUUGGCAUAUCGAAAGUCUUUCUUAACGGCUCCUCGUGCCGAAAGGCAGAAUGCAACUUUGGCAAUUUAAUUACCGACGCUAUGGUCUAUGGUCGUAUUGCUGAAGAUCAGGGUGGACUUUAUUUCACGGAUGCAGCAUUAGCGUUCUGCAAUGGCGGAGGAAUACGUGCAUCCAUUGAUCCGGGACUAGAAUCAAUCGUAACCGGAGCCGAUGUCGCAACCGUGCUGCCCUUUGGGAACACUCUGUCGGUGACCCGUAUCAAGGGUAUGAAUAUCAUCAAAUCGCUGGAGCACUCGGCAUCGUUGCGUAACAUAGACUGGUCUGGGGGAUUUCUGCAGGUCUCUGGCUUGAAGAUCAUCAUUAACUACAAUCGACCCAAGGGAAAACGUGUCACAUCGUGCCAAGUGCUCUGCGCCGAUUGUCAAUAUCCACAGUACCGGCCAUUGGAUAAGCACAAGUAUUAUGGAGUGAUUGUGCCCACCUUUAUAUUGAACGGCGGAGAUGGUCAUAAGUAUUUCAAGGAUCCCAAUGAGCAUAUCAGUGUUAUGCAAAUGAUUGAUCGUGACAACUUGGUAAAAUACUUUCAAGAGCAUAAAGUGAUUUAUCCUUUUCUGGAGGAGCGCAUCAAAAUUGUGGAAAGGCAUCGCAAAUCAUGUGCUUCAUCACUACGUUCGAUAACUUUGUACAUUUUCACAGUUUUGAAAAUACUUUUAACAAAUUAAGAUAAAUAAAGAUGCGCAAAGA